AUGGCCAAAACCAAGACCUUGGCAUCUCUCCUCUGGUUACUACUCCUGUCUCCCCUCUCCACCGCCGCAGCAUCCAGCGCCGCUUAUCCCACCAUCCCUGGCACCGCGGACACCUCCUUCUCGGCUUCACAAGACAGCAAACUUAUCCCAAUCAGGCGUGAAGUGUAUGGCGAUGGGAGAAUAUUUGACAUCACCCACAGGUACACAAGCGACAUGGCGUCCAUGGACUCAGAAAAUGGGCUGGGUCAGUUUCUGAGGCUCCGAGAAAGCAUGAAGAAUGGGUCCUUCGCCAACAUAUCAGAGAUGAAGUUGAUCACUCAUACUGGAACACACGUUGAUGCACCUGGACAUUACUAUGAUCAUUACUUCGAUGCUGGGUUUGAUGUGGACACUCUUGACCUUGAAGUGCUAAAUGGUCCUGGGCUAUUAAUUGAUGUUCCAAGGGGGACGAACAUAACUGCUGAAGUUAUGAAGUCAUUACAUAUUCCUAAGGGAGUUCGUCGUGUUCUUUUCAGAACAGAAAAUACUGACAGGCGACUUAUGUUCAAAAAUCAGAUGGAUACAAGCUUUGUGGGAUUCACCACAGACGGAGCAAAAUGGUUGGUUGAAAACACUGACAUUAAGCUUAUUGGAAUUGAUUACCUAGCUGUUGCUGCUUGGAGUGAUUUGGUUCCAGCCCAUCUUGUCCUUUUGGAGAGCAGGGAAAUCAUCAUUGUGGAAGGCCUAAAACUCGAUGACAUCCAACCUGGAGUGUAUUCUAUCCAUUGCUUGCCUCUAAGGUUGCUUGGUGCUGAAGGAUCGCCAAUACGAUGCAUUCUCAUCAAAUGA